AGCAGAACCUUGUGGGAUUCUCACCUCCUCUCCUCUCUGAGCUCCAUCUCCACCAGCAACAUGAGCCGUCAGUUCACAUCCAAGCCUGGAGCUGCCAACAAGGGAAGCUUCAGUGGCUGCUCAGCAGUGCUCUCUGGGGGCAGCUCAGCCUCCUACCGGGCAGGGGGCAAAGGGCUCAGCGGAGCAUUUGGUAGUCGGAGCCUCUACAAUAUGGGGGGUACCCGGAGCAUCUCCUUCAACCUGGCCAGUGGCAACGGCAAGACUGGAGCCUAUGGGUUUGGCCGGAAUCGGGCCAGUGGCUUUGCUGGCAGCAUGUUUGGCAGUGUGGCCCUGGGGCCCAUGUGCACCACCGUGUGCCCGCCUGGAGGCAUCCAUCAGGUGACUGUCAACGAAAGCCUUCUGGAACCCCUCAACGUGGAGCUGGACCCCGAGAUCCAGAAAGUGCGCUCUCAGGAGCGGGAACAGAUCAAGGCACUGAACAACAAGUUUGCCUCUUUCAUUGACAAGGUGCGGUUCCUGGAACAGCAGAACCAGGUUCUGGAGACCAAGUGGGAGCUCCUUCAGCAGCUGGACCUGAACAACUGCAAGAACAACCUGGAGCCCAUCCUUGAGGGCUACAUUGGCAACCUGCAAAAGAAGCUGGAAACGCUGUCUGGAGACAGAGUGAGGCUGGACUCAGAGCUGAGGAACGUGAGGGAUGUGGUAGAAGACUACAAGAAGAAGUAUGAGGAAGAAAUCAACAGGCGGACUGCUGCGGAGAAUGAGUUUGUGCUGCUGAAGAAGGAUGUGGAUGCGGCAUAUGCCAAUAAAGUAGAGCUGCAGGCCAAGGUGGACUCCAUGGACCAGGACAUCAAAUUCCUCAAGUGUCUCUUUGAUGCAGAGAUCACUCAGAUCCAGUCACACAUCAGUGACAUGUCUGUCAUCCUGUCCAUGGACAACAACCGCAACCUGAACCUGGACAGCAUCAUCGAUGAGAUCCGUAAUCAAUAUGAAGACAUUGCCCUGAAAAGCAAAGCUGAGGCUGAAGCCCUGUAUCAGACCAAGUUCCAGGAACUGCAGCUGGCAGCAGGCCAGCAUGGAGAUGACCUCAAAAACACCAAGAAUGAAAUCACAGAACUCACUCGGCUCAUCCAGAGGAUCCGCUCAGAGAUUGAGAACGUGAAGAAGCAGGCUUCCAACCUGGAGACGGCCAUUGCCGAUGCAGAACAGCGGGGUGACAGUGCCCUGAAGGACGCCCGGGCCAAGCUGGAUGAGCUGGAGUCCGCCCUGCACCAGGGCAAGGAGGAGCUGGCCCGGCUGCUGCGUGACUACCAGGAGCUCACAAGCCUGAAGCUGGCCCUGGACAUGGAGAUCGCCACCUACCGCAAACUGCUGGAGAGUGAGGAGUGCAGAAUGUCAGGAGAAUUUCCUUCCCCGGUCAGCAUCUCUAUUAUCAGCAGCACGAGCGGUGGCUUCCGGCCCUCCUCAGUCAGUGGUGGCUAUGUGGCCAACAGUGGCAGCUGCAUCUCUGGAGUGUGCAGCGUCCGCGGUGGGGAGAGCAGAAGCCGGGCCAGUGCUGGGGAUUACAAGGAAACCCUGAGCAAGAGCUCCAGCCUCAGCGUCCCCUCCAAGAAAGCCAGCCGGUAG